ACGCGCGUCGGUGCACGCCCGCCUCUGUGUGAGUGGCCGCCUCAGUGUGCGCGCUCUCGCGCGCGGGACGGACCAUUGUUGUGUGCAGUAGACUCGCGACCGGCGAACAUGCUCGUCCACUGUUAUUCAAACAAGCUCAAAAACUGCCGGUAAACAAUAAUAAUGACCAGUGUACCACAUUACGUGCGCGAGUGCCAACAGUGUGUGAUAACGAAGUAGCGUGCGUGCAGUGAAGUGUUUUCAAACGUGUUUUGGAGUUUUGAAGCCAUGCUCGAUGUGUUUAGAUAUAACUCUGCAAGUCAAACGGAACGCCUCAACCUUAGAUUAAGUUCAACCUGACAAAAGUUAUCUGUGAUCUCAUAUUAGUUUUAAAAUAGACGUACAAUGGAUGAUAGGUAGUGCGAUGUGUUGAAAAUGCCUCAUGCGCACUCGAGUUCGGCCGCGAGCUCCGGGGGGGACGACCUGGGCUCCACGGACGAGGUGAAGGUGUUCAAGGACGAGGGCGACGGGGAGGACGAAAAGCGCAGCUCCGAGAACUUGCUGGAGGAAAAGUCCAGCCUCAUCGACUGGACUGAGAGCGAGGAAAAGUCAGGCGAGCCUUACUCGGGCAAAUUAUCUGUGAAGUCGGAUCUUAGUCCUGUUUUUGGUAAAUUCGACCCGCACCCAGCGGCCGGGUUCAACAUGGGAUACCUCAUGGCUCCUUACCCCUACCCCAACGGUGGGGCGCAUCCCCUGCCCGUCUCAAUGGCGGGCAAGAUGGGCCUACCAGCCGGUGGCAGUUUAUCGCUAUUUUGCCCAGGGGGCGACCUCGGGCAGCCUCCCCCUGCCCAUAUGGGCAUUCCCCCGCCUUACCAGCUAGACUCCAAACUUGCGGCAGGGCUGGCGCGGACACCGAUGUACCCCUUCCCGGGGGGCACCUACCCCUACCCCAUGCUCAGUCCGGAAAUGUCACAAGUGGCGGCAUCGUGGCACACCCCGAGCAUGUACCCCAUAUCCUCGGCGGCCAGCAGUUUCCGAAGUCCGUACCCUACGUCGCUGCCGAUCUCCACAUCUAGUCUAUCGAGUGAACUGUACCGGUUUUCGCCAACGCUGGGCGGAGGCCUAGGCCUCGGUCUGGGCCCCGCGCUGGUGCCCCCGCCCCCCUCUAAGGCUGACCUCGAGUCCCACCACGCGCGGUAUGCGAGGUCACUAGAAAAGGGCAGCGGCAGCAGCGACAAGCCCACGGAGGGUACAGUCAGCAACAACAGCAAAGAGCAGAACAAGAAACCACAUAUAAAGAAGCCCCUAAACGCAUUCAUGCUGUACAUGAAGGAGAUGAGGGCGAAGGUUGUGGCCGAGUGUACUUUGAAGGAAUCGGCGGCGAUUAACCAGAUAUUGGGACGACGGUGGCAUUCGUUGAGUCGCGAAGAGCAAGCAAAGUACUAUGAGAAAGCGAGACAGGAGAGACAGCUCCAUAUGCAGCUGUACCCGGGUUGGAGCGCGAGGGACAACUACGGUUACGGUUCCAAAAAGAAAAAGCGGAAAAAGGACCGUAGUCCUGCUGAGUUGGGAGGAAAUAAUUUGAAGAAGUGCCGAGCGAGGUACGGCCUCGACCAACAGAACCAGUGGUGCAAACCUUGCAGGCGGAAGAAGAAAUGCGUGCGCUACAUGGAGGCGCUGGCGGCCGCGUCCGGGACGAUGGGGGUCGGGGGACCCCCCGCGACCCCGCAGUCGCCCUGCUCCGAUGAGGACGUGAAGCUCGAGGAGCUGUCCGACGCGUCGGACGACGACGGCGACGCCGACACGCCGCUGUCGGCGUCCAGCCCCGGCGGGCUGUCGGCGCUAUCGUCGCUCGCGUCGCCCGCCUCCGACCCGCCGCCGCCGCCGCGCAACCCCGUCGGGACCAACCCGCGCGACGCCAACAACCCGCUGUCCGUCGGCCAGCUCACCAGCCAGUCCUGGCCGCGCGCGGCGCAGGCGCGGCCCUCGCACGAGGUCAUCUCCGUCUCAUAGUGCCAGUGUCGAACCGGCGCAACCCGGUGCUCUGUCUUAACCUCCGGACGAUCCUCGCGGCGGGGUUAAAAAUGUUAAAAUAACACGGAGACAUUAAAGUUUUUAGUGAACGGUGGCGCCAUCUCGUAAUGAGAACUCGUAUCGUCGGCCCGCGCCAUCUGGCGGCCGCGCCCCGAAACGGUUCGUGUCGGUUGUGAUAACUAAACAAGUAGGUACCCCGUAUACUGAUCCUUCGAUGGACUUUUACCGUUCGCGGAUUUUUAUGACGUGAACGAAUACCGGCAUUUCGUGUGCUUUAUUUUCGAGAGGCCUAAUUGCGAAUUCAUCUUUUUUUACCAGAUGCUCGGUAUUCGUUUAUGUCGGUCCGUAUAUAAAUGUACAAUUGACAUUUCAAAUUGACCUUGAGUUUAUGACUCUAAACAUUUAAUUAUAAUACGUCAUAUGUUGUCAUUUCCAUUUUUUUCAUAAAUUUAAAGUCGCUUUGAUCUCAAUUUGAGCCCCAAUCGAGUCAUUUAGCAUUUUGUAUGACGGCACCCACAUAUUUAUUUUUCAAAUUUCUUCUUCCAUACAAUUUUGGGGUUUUCAGUUCCCAUUGUUUCACUUCUAAAGCAUUCAAGUUAUCUGUUGUUAUUUUAAAACCCUAAUAUUGUAUCUAUCUUAACUAGUCGCAUGUCAAAUGUGCCAUUUACACCUGUUUUUAAUUUUGGAUUUGAAUUAUAAAAAUGUGGGGCAUAUCACUAAAGUACAUGGCAUUGUAAAUUACAAUUUGUAAUCAUCAAUAAUUUAAGUUUCCUUAUAUUUGAUCUGUUGACAUGUAAACUGGCUGCAUUGUUACUGUAUGACUAUUUUUCAAAAUAAACUAGUUAGAUUAUAACGCCAUCUAUAUCGCCGGAACAUAAACAACCUUUUUUCACAGUGAUCUUAAAAUUCUAGACCGUUUUUAAGUCGAAUGCAGCGGGUUUAAAUGUCACAGAUUGAAAACGCACAAUUAUUACCAUAACUUUUUAGUUCACUUGUUCCGUUCAUCGUACUUAUUUGUAACAAUAUCCAUAAUUAUUAACUGAGAUUAAACAGUGAAAUAUAAUGUUAUGGUAGUAUUUGCUAUGGAAAGUACUUCUAACACUGUCACAUACAUUGCUCUCUUAUGGACAUUUCAUUUUAACAUCUUGUUAACGGAUUCAACUCAAUAUUUACUUCAUACUAUCUUACAUAUGAUUUCGUGUAUUUUUCUAAUUAUGUUUCAACUAAUUGCUUGAUAUAGUGAAAUUCAAAUAGAAAAAUACGCCUGGGAAAUGUCAGGAAUGCAGGCGCGAGCCACAAACCUUUUUUUAGGUUCUUUAAGUUAUUUCGAGUUGAAUUUUUUAAUUAAGUUUUUUCCUUAAUGUUUCAUCGGACGGCCUGCACCGAUAUGGUUCCAUGUAGCGUAGUUUUAUUAAGAUAUAGUUUUAAACAGAAUAAUUUCCCUUUGUAGCAUGUUUUUGUAAAAAGUUAAAUGUAAGAUGACACAAAGGGAAAAAGUGUUUUUUUCCGUUGUGCGGAACAUGUUAGACUGUCGUAGGUUAGUUUAGGCACGUUGUAUGAGUGAAUUUGUAAAUCGGGAUUUGGACCGAGUGCUCUUUAAUAUAAGGUCGCAUUUACAAUGGAAUUUUUUAAGUUGCAUGUGUUUUAUUUUAUCCUCAUAGGAUUUUGACUUUUCUCAAAGAUAUAUCAAGCAUGUGUUUCGAUCAUGAAAUUCGAUUUUGCAUGCAUUUAUUUUUUAAAUUAAAUAAGUCUUAUAAAAAUACGACUUAUCCUCAUUUCUUAAUGAUUUUACGUUUAUUAUGAUGUGUUAAAGAGCAUUUGGGUACAAUUUAAACCACUGUAUAUGUGUAAGUACAUAUAUGAUGUAAAAAUAUAAAAUAUAGGUUUAAUAUAACUGUGUCAUAUUAGAAAUAAGUGUACUAUGCUACUUAUGUAUACAUUAUUACAAUAUAAAAAGUUUAAAGAAAAAUAUUAGCGGAAUACUGACUUGAAACAAAAAAAUGUAUAAUGAAAAAAUUUAACAGGAUAGAUUGUAAUUUUCAUAUUACAAUUUUUACAUUACCUGGGAUUAUAAUAAAGAAACAGAGUGUAUAGGACUCGAGUUUGUAAAUAAAUUUGUAAUUCAUGAAUAUUAGAUUUUUUUCGGUUAAAAAAAUAUUGCAUUUAUAUUAUUAUUAAAAUACCCUCGGAAUGUUCUCGGAUGGUUUGUUUUAUCCAACGGUUCUUUUUGUUAAUUACUUUUUAUUGUUAUUAUUAAGAUUUUUAACGUUGUUAACUGCAAAACAAGCCCUAUUAAUGAAUAAUACUUGAUUACACCACUUUAAAAACUAUUAUGAGCCCCGUUGAUUAAAACAAUUGACUACCUUGAUCAAUGAUUUAUAACUUUGACAAAAUCUUGAUCAUUUUAAGCAUUUAUAAGGUUUUUGACCCGCAUCUUUGCAUAGGAAAUUAAUGUGCAAUACUGAACAUGGGUACUGUAUAAUAAAACAAAAUCUUUAAUAAGAUUUUUUUGUAAAUUUAUAUUUUAAGGUACUUUGAAUUUUACUAUUAUGGAAUUUAUUUUCGUUUUGAGCAAAAGUAUGAUUUGAUUUAUUUUUCGACGGUAUUAUAAAGAAAGUGCCAAAACCAUCUAGAACUGAAUUUUGCCAGGGAAACAAAAUGGAAUAUAAUAACUAUGUAAUUUACUAUAUGUCUGUGCCAAAUUGAUAAUGAAACUGAACCGAUACUUACAUUAAUAUGGAUUAUUGGAUAAAUAAGUCCUUGUACUUAAGCUAAUUUUGUUUUACAAUGGCUUAUCUUUUUUAAUGGCAUAUGCUUAAAAGUUUUUUGCAUGUAUUAAAUCGUAAAUGGACAUUCAAGGAGACAAAAAGCUAAGCAGGAAACAGGUAGUAUCACUCCUCAGACUUCGUUCCGGGCACAUUCCAUCAAACAAAUUCAAGCACCUGAUGAAACUAGCGGCUUCACCAAAUUGCCAAGAGUGCGAUAAAAUAGAAGAUGUUCACCAUGUGUUGAUGGAAUGUGUCCGUAAUGAGGCGCUGAGGAGUGACAUGACAUUUAUAAAAACCACCAACAUAGGUAGUUGCAACAUCGUCCUGGCAUCGCCACUAUCAGACGAGGCCAGGUUGAUGUGCAAACUAUAUUUAAAUGUGAUGUAGUGGUGUAGGUAAUACUUCACUACUACAUCAUUAUUAUUAUUAGAUCUCAUUACGGGGGUGACAUUGUCACUGCGUGACAAAACCCCUUAAAAAAAAAGAUAAAAAAAAAGACAUUCAAGGAAAAAUAAAUAUGAGAUAAAUAUUUCCAGUUCAAUUAUUAAUGUAUUGUUGUUAAAAGUAGGUUCUGAAUUACCUUUUUUAAUUACUAGGCAACGAAUUGGUGACAUGGACUUUUUUAUCCAAACGAUCAUACAAGCCAACCUACAUCGAUGUACGUUUUAGUAUUGUCAGGCGUGGCUCACUCCGCGAUUUCGUCGCGUCGCUACAAGUACAUGCGGCCACACCAAUUUUGGUGUCUAGCAGUUGUAGUUGCCGGGCACUGCUUCGGGACGGAUGCCUGCUCGCGCUUGCGCCACCUUGCGGUCAUAUCUGUCGCGUUUUGUUUGAGAUUGUACCUAGUACUAUUAUUUAUUCUGUGGUAUUGUAUGCGUUCAUUCCAUAGAAAAAAAAUAGAGCCAUUAAAAAAAAAUUGAAGCAUAGUUGUACAACCAAACAUACAAGGAAUUUUAAGAGUGUGGCAUGAUGUGAGUAAAGUCCGUUUUAGCUCAUUUUGCACCGAUUUUAACAGAAUAAAGUGAUAGAGAUAUUUUAAUAGAAAUUUGACAUUUAUAUUGCCAUACUUUGUCAUUGAAAAUGCAAUACCGCUAGCUUAGUCCAACACUAGUAUCUACAGUAUAGGUAUUUUUUUUGUCACUUCUAGUGGAAAUAUCAAGUACUUUAAAUAAAAAAAGUCUCACAUGUAAUGUUAUCUUCACUGUGCUUUUGUACGUAAAUUUAGGGGGCGCCAUAAGCGUAAGCAUAAGAAGUGCAUAUACUUGGAAACAUUUUACCUAUGCCGCUGUGGCCCGGUGGCCGAAUGGCAGACACCUGCCGCGAUAGCAGAGGACGCUGGUUCGAUUCCAGCCUGGGGCACUGGAGGCCUUGGUCGCUUUUUCUUAGUAUAUGACAUUUCAGUUUAGUUUCAGUUUAGUUUAGUUUUAGUUUAUUUGAGCUAAAAUUUAAAUAAUUGCCAUUGAAAAUACUAAAAUCUGCAUCGAUCGGUAACUCCGAUACCUCGGUUAUGUUGAUAGGUGUUAUAGAUUGUUUUUAUUGUUAAGCGGAUAAUGUAAAGACGGAUACGCAAUAUUUUUUUGUAGAAAUUGUCAAAUUAGAAGCGAGGUUAGGUCUGGCCCGUGUCUUGUGUUCAGUUGAACGAAUAUUAUUUUAAUAAACAACGUAAAAAUUGUA